AUGCAGAAGCAGCUCGCUCUGCUCAAGGAUAAAAUCAACGAAGCCCGCGAAAAAGCGCAGCAGAUUCGAGUCUCGCUACGUUCUGAUGAACGAGGUAUCUGCCAGCGUUCGUUCAUCUCUCCGAUUCAUCCAUCUCCAUCGAAUUCGUUCUCCAUUCGCUAUCGUCCUUUGCGAAAUGUCCCGGAUAGCGCCAUUUUCGUGACAAGGACCAAGCCACGGAGGACGCAACCCAGCGAGUUCAUGGCCGUUGAGAUUCGCGAUAAACGGGUUGUGGCUCACUGGAACAUCGGUGGAGGAGCCCGGAUGGCCACCAACAGUCACUCAAUUAUGUUUAUUCCAAAUACGGAUCGCGCAAACUGGUACCACAUCGACGUCGUCCGAAUUGGCAACGCCCUCAAUCUGACUGUCGCACUCAAGGAAACUCUUAUCGGAGCCGCUCCUCGUCACCGUACUGAUGCCGUUAGUGUUUUCGUGGGUGAUGGUGAAUGGGAUGGAGACGUCGUAUUCAACACUAUUCCCGGAGAGACGCAGAUUUCCAUGGGAACCGACCCACAGAGCGCUGAAGAAAUGGGCCUUGCCACGAACAAGUUCCAUGGUGUUAUCGGAAGUUUGCUUGUGGACGGCACCCCGGUGCCACUUUGGGCAUUCUCGAGCAAUUCGCCUGAAUGUGAUGGAGCUACCUCACCACCACAGCCAACCGUCCGCGGAUACAUGUUCCGGGAUGGCUUCGCCCAGAUUGAAAUGGCAACCUUCGAAAGAACAGUGUCAUCGGUUUCAAUCAUCUUCAACGCCUAUUCCCCCAACGGUUUGUUGUACUUCAGAGGGUCGGAGACCAGCGGAGAUUUCAUCGUGUUGUAUCUGAAGGAUGGCCACGUUGUUUUCAAGAUCCAUCUCGGACGCGAUUCUCACGCCGAAAUCACCUCGAAGCACGACUAUGCAGAUGGUCGCGAACAUACUGUCAAAGCUAUUCGCAGUGGAAAUGAAAUUCAUCUCCAGGUAGAGGAAUUGGCUAGUCAGGAUCAAACCGAAGCUUUAAAUUUUACUUCAGGUGGAUACUUCCUGAAGACCGACCUCUUCGACGCAGAUAUUCAAUGGAAGGGCUUCUUCGCUACUUCCGAUUUGGAUCUGGACCAUCCCGUUCGCUGGUUGCGGCGUCAGCCGGGCUGCCACUUCACUGCUGCCAAGUUGGUACCAACCGAUCGAAUAGUCGGAUUCUCUCGGCCAGGAUUCCUUCUGCAGCAAGGAGUCAUUAUGGAUAACAACUCAACCUUUGCAUUCGGCUUCCGCACUAAAGAAGAGAAUGGCACGCUUAUCUUCCAGUCGUCAAAGCUGUCCGUUUUCCGAAGAAAGCAAAGAGAAAGCGAGGGGAAUGCGAAUGGCAAGGGAUACAUGGCAUUCUAUUUGUUCCGAGGCUAUCUGGUUCUCCACUUUGGAAAGGACGCUUCAUCUCGUAAAGAAGUCGUCACGAUCAGAUCGAAUCAGAUGUACAACGAUGGCCAACUGCAUUCGGUGUUCAUGAGUCGUAAAGGCAAAAUGGAUGAUCGCGGUUUUCUUCAGUGUUCGGCCUACGAGUCAAUGAUAAGGAGGUGGGCGAGAAGCAGACGCUUGACGACGAAUCGCCGAUUGGCACUACAGCCAGUCAAAUGUUCAUCGGAGGUUUUGCUGAGGCGGAUCAAGCGGCACGAUAACGAGAAUACCAAUUACCGUACCGCUUAUCGGAUGCGUUUCCGACAUUUAUCACAACUACAAGUGAAAAGAUUCCGGAUUGGGUGGCCGGAAGAACACAGCGGUCUGAGGAUCGGAAACGUGCGCGCAUCGAGUCGGCCAAAGCUCGCUUUCCCAUAUCCGAUGAACCGUUGGAUCCGAAACCUAUAA